AUGGUCGGGGAGGAGAUCACCAGAGAUGAAGGGCGUGAGAAAUUCAUCUUCAUUGACCCCGGGAUAAGAACUUUCCUGACCGGUUACAACUCCGGACAGAACGUUGUGGAGAUCGGAAAGAAUGCAUUUGUGCGCAUCGAGAAGCUGAAGCAUCGACGACAUAAACUACAAUCUAAAUUGGACAAGUUAAGAACGCACAAGAAGAGGCAGAACCAUCGGAAAGCUCUGCACAGGCUGGACGAAAAGAUUUCGCGGAUUGUAAGCGAUAUGCACAAGAAAUCGGCUCUCUUUCUCUGCAAGUCAUACGAAAAUAUAUUUAUGCCCAAGUUGAACUUUCAUCAAUGCACCAGAUUGAACCAAAAAUCAAGGUCCAGCAUGACAACGAUUGCUCACUGCUCGUUCAACGAUCGCUUAGUGAUGAAGGCAGAGCAGCUGCGUGUUACAAGUGCCAUCGUGGUCGAGGAGGAUUACACCUCCAAGACCUGCUCAAAGUGUGGAAAUAUUAAACAAGAUCUAGGACCUAACAAAAUUUAUAGCUGUGUAAAGUGCUCCUCGGUGUUCGACAAGGACUUCAACGCAGCGACAUGCUCAAGUAUAGCUGUGAGCAUUUGA